UUAAAAAAAAAAAAACACUAUGCGGAUUACCGGUGCGGUUCUUGCAAGUUACAACCACGGAAACAAAUCGGCAUCUCACAGUCACGUUUCGGAAGGUUUAAAUCCCUAAUCCAGCCGUUAGUUACCAACUACUACUAGUAUUUCACUGUACUCUGAAAACAGUAACACUGACGACGAAGAAACGAAUCAGGUUGAUCAAAUACGCGAGUAGGAGUGGCACAAUGUGUUGAGUGUGGAGCAAGAACGUUUUUAUCAAUGGCGGAAUGUGUGGCUUCUGCAUUCUGUGUUAAGCUGAAUGCGCAGAGAAGGCCUGUUAGAGAGAGGGGCUUCUCGGGCCAGAUUACAAGUCUCAAGUCUGUUCAAAGAAAGUAUUCCAGAAAUGGAUGUAAAUUUGUUCACUUUUCUAUGUGGAAGACAUUUGAGCUGAGUGUAUUUGGGGCCACACACUUGAAAUUCACUCCUCAUCUUCAGGAAUUUCCAUUAAAGUGCAUUGGUUUAGGGGCUUUGGUUGACUUUAAUGGUGCAACAGCCUCUGAUUUGGUUCCAGUUGUUGACCAGAUGCUUUUGUUGGGCAGUAUAUUUCUCACUUAUAUGGCUGGAGUAAUUCCUGUUGAGAAAUCUUAUGCUAGUUAUCAAAAGACUAAUUCUGAUAAAAAUGUAUUUCCUGAAAGCUCAGACAUUUCUGGUAGUUCUGCGAAGAAAAAUUCUGGUUUUGAGUCAAAGUAUGUAUUGAAUGUGGUGAGAGAAAAACUUUUAAAUUCUCUAAAUGCUUUAGAGAACAAGGAUUAUUCUGGAGACAUCAUAGUUCAAUCUGCAAAGAGACCUUUGAGUUUAAGUGCUGUUGCCAGGGGUCCAAAGUUAAGGUUGCUUUGGGCUGUUUUUCAGCAAGUUGAGGAAGAGGUUAAUAGUUUCUCUUGCAUUUCCAGAGCUGUUGGUAUGAAUGAUCUAUUGGGAAUGUUUUCUGACAUUAUUCAGAGAUCUUGUCACUCUACCUGUACUGCGUGGCUGGAAAAAGAAUUUUUCCUUCUUAAGGGCAAUGCCGACAAGGAACUUGCUUCUAUGAUACUUGUAAAAGUGAAAGGAGAUAUCACUAUUGUACAGAGCAUUACAAGGUCUGGCAAGAAAGAUUUGUAUGCAGAAUUACUUUGGUAUCUUACUUUUGGUUCUCUCAGGGAGGGUUGCUAUUAUGAUUCGCGUAUAUUUUCUGUGCAUGGAAUUUCCAUUUUAGAAGAUUUAGUGAUUUCUCUAGCAGAUGGGGUCGCAAGUGUAUAUCUGGAGUUUAUUUCAGUUGACAAUGAUGUGUCAAGUAAAACCAGUAGUUUGGAUAUGCCAUUAUGUGCUUUAUCCACCAGAGAGCUCCAAAAGUUACGUAACGAGGUGGCUUUGAACCAGUGGUUGUACCACAACAUGGACACAGUUGUGUCAAUGUAUGAGGAUCGCUUUGACCUGUUUAUUCUUGAGAGCCAACCUGUUGAUGUAACAGACAGUAUUCAGACUGAAGAGCAAAAUUGGUGGAAGAGGCUUACCCAGCAAAAUUCAAAAGCAAUGUCACCUGAAUUACAUUGCAUUGACAUUAGCCAUUUCUCAAUGCCUGUAAAGCGGACCAAGGAAUUAAGAGCCCUGACAGGAUGGCGAUAUUACUUCAGCCUUUUCCUUGAGUUGUCUGACAUAACCAUGCCUCUAAUUAGAGCAGUUAUUGAUAAAGUGAGCGAUGCAAUCUCAUUCUUUUUAGUUAGCUUGAUUGGGAGGUCUUUAGGACUCAUUUAUACAGGCAUUAGGCAGUCUCUGAGAUGGAAGUGAGAUAACUGGUACAGUUUUGUGCAGUGCAGCUAAAUUUCUCAUCAUUCUGCUAUUUUUAAUCUUUUUCUUUUUGCUUCAUAUAUGGUGCCAUUUAUUUAUAAUAGAAUAGAAUUGUGGUUUAGAUCCCAUCAAAUUGAAAAUAUUUCAUUGCUCUCCUGUUUGGUCAUGUGAGACUUAACUGGUAAUAUAUGCCUGGAGAACUUAUUCGUCUUGAGAUAAUACCACAUUUAGUAUUUGACGUUUCGUGUUU